UUGGGCUUUCUGCGGGUACACCAGCAUCAGCCGCACUGGUGGGAGCCCGGAGAGGGAGGUCUCCCAGCACACCCGGCUGCGUCCCUCUUCGGGUUCUCUGGGGCUAGGAAAACAACCUGUAUCAGGGCGGGUGCGGUGUGUGCUUUCCAAUCAGCCCUUCUCUUAGGACUCCCUUGAGCUCCAUUCACACCAGAGAGGGAGCAGGAAAGAGAGGACGAGUGAGCGGAACCAACAGCCUCAACUCCAGGGGAAUGAGGGCAUCGCCUCCUUUUGGUGAAGGACACUCCCUUCUGAUGGAGAAUGGGAACUCCCUUCCUCCCGCAGCGGCCUGCCUGCAGCGCUCCUGCUAGUUCGGUGUGGACACUGUAGGCUGCUGCAGCUGCGUCACCCCGGAAAGAAAGUGCCUCAGAGCCAAAGCAAAGAGAGCUGCAGCAACCGAGAAGUUCAGAGAGCCAGCGGCGUGGGGCUGCUCGGGAAGCAGUGGCGGCACAGUGACAGUGACAUAGAGCAGGUGAUACCCGGUGGAUUGCCUUUCCCCUUGGACGAAGAGGCACAGUCCUCAGCCUACAAGUUUUUCAGGUACCGUUCACGUGAGGAGACAGAUGCAGAGAGCACGAACGACUUGCCUGCAGUCACACAGCUGUCUAUAGAGGGCCUUGAAAGCGCCACAAGCAGCUGCUGCUGAGCCAUGGCUGAAGGGGAGAUCACAACCUUCACCGCCCUGACGGAGAAGUUUAAUCUGCCUGCGGGGAAUUACAAGAAGCCCAAACUCCUCUACUGUAGCAACGGGGGCCACUUCCUGAGGAUCCUUCCAGAUGGCACAGUGGACGGGACGAGGGACAGGAGCGACCAGCACAUUCAACUGCAGCUCAGCGCGGAAAGCGUAGGGGAGGUGUACAUAAAGAGCACCGAGACCGGCCAGUACUUGGCCAUGGACACCGAUGGGCUUCUGUACGGCUCACAGACACCAAAUGAGGAAUGUUUGUUCCUGGAAAGGCUGGAGGAAAACCAUUACAACACCUACACAUCCAAGAAGCACGCGGAGAAGAAUUGGUUUGUUGGUCUCAAGAAGAAUGGAAGCUGCAAACGUGGUCCUCGGACUCACUAUGGCCAGAAAGCAAUUCUGUUUCUCCCCCUGCCAGUCUCCUCUGAUUAAAGAAAUAUCUUCUGGGUGCCGACCACUCCAGAGGAGGCUGAGGGGUCUUCACCCAGCUGACCCCAGAUUGUUCCCUUGACCAUUGGCUACACUAACCCCUGGUCCACAGAGCCUGAAUUUGUAAGCAAUGCGCUUCUAAAUGCCCAGUUCACUUUUUUCUUUUUCUUUUUUUUUUUUUGCAGAGCCUCUUACUCCAGCACAGUUUGGAAGAGAGGGAUCAAAUUGCUUCUAGAGGCCAACUGGCUGGUCAGUCUGGGUGUGUGGAUGUCCAGUUGCCUCCAGGCACCUGCUGCAGGCUGAGCCUCUCAAUGCAAAAGGUGUGGCCAAAUGAAGUGUGUUCAGGGGGCUGCCAUGUGGGUCAUUAGUAACUGCAUACAAUUCCCUCUACUGAGUAAACUCUAUCUCUGAUUCCCCCAAACAUCUGGCAUGAUGCCCUUUCAUCCUUUCAAUACCCCACAACUAUCAACAGCUUAUGGCUAGGUUAGGGGAAGGCAGUGUUCCAUGAGUACAAACUGGGAUGAAGAAAUCAAAUCCCUCCCCCACGCAAUAACAGAAGGGACUAAAAUGGCAAAGGGAGAUUGGGUUCUGGUGGACAACUUGGAAGGUUGGGCUCUCAAUGCGGAAUAAACAAAGGAUGGGAGGCUUAGCCACAAGAAGGCAGGAUAAAUGCAUAGCUUUGGAAGUCCUUACGAUGCCUUGACUUUCCCAAGAUUAUUUGGCAGCAGGAAGCCCCAGGAUGAUGUCAGACAGGCAGCAUGAGAAGCAGGCUCUUGAUAAAAGCAAAAACAUCCAGUGUUGGUAAAUUCAUUUGGGUCUGGGGUGUGGGAGUGCUGAGAAAGAAAGGAAACGUGGGCUGAGGGGAUGCUUUCCUAGAAAGAGAUAGAUUCUAGAAGUGGGGAGGAAAGAGAAAGGGACGCCAGGACUGGUGUUUGGUCCCAAGAAAACAGAGGAUCUGAGGUCCCAGGCAGUGUUUACAAAUCACAAGCGGACUGGGUUCGAGUGUAGAUUCCUAUGCGGUGGGUCUGGGGUAUGGUUUGUGUAUUUCUAACACGCCCCAGGUGCUGCAAGGGCUGCUGCCCUCCCCCCACACCCCCAGUUUGAGUAGCAAAGUCCUGAAGAAUGCUGUUCAAAGGAAAGUGGCUCAAGCCCCUGAUCCCCUCUCACCUCACCCUCAGAAACAUACACAGCAUGAGUCUUCCUGAGCUCUCAGGCAGCGUGAGCAGCAGUGAUGCUGGUGUGAAGGAACAUGGAUGUAAGGCGCUUUGGCCCGGUGCCUAUAAAAUACCCAUUUAGAAGAUAUACAAAAGCAUACUUCAAAAAUGUUAAACCCUCACCAACAGCUUUUCUCAAGAGACCAUUUGUGUUACGAUUACUUGUAUAAAUAUGCUUCCUGCUUAAAGUAAACGUGACCCAAGUGGCUAGCAAAUUAGAAACACCAUUCAUCUCUGACAUGGGAUACUGUUGCCAUGUAAAAGCCCUUAAUAAGCCAUUUACAUUUACUGUGAGACUGUAUGUUUUAAUCAUAUUUAAAAAUAUAGAGCUCAAAGGCAGUUAACUGAUUCGCAUUCAGCCACCGAGAAUAAUAAUAGGCUAUGAUGUAUAAGCUCUUCAAUUAUCUACUACUUACACUACAUUUACCUAUAAAAAGAGAUUGUACGUCGUUUUCCAUUGUGCGAUUACAAAUUUUCUUUGAAAGUGGGGACUCUGAAGCAAAGAUAUGAUAACUGUGGAUAAAAACUGCUGACAAUAUUAGCUCAUGGUAUAAGGAGCUGACAUGACUAAUUGAAAAAUAAUUCCUUACUAACUGAAUUGUCAUG